CCAUCAUAUCGGCAUUCAAACCUACUCACAGCACCCCAGGCUUCGAUCUCCAUUUAAUUAAACCCCAUUAAUCCCCUCUCCACAGCGGAGGAAGCCCCGCAAGCUAAAGGGCCCUCAUGGGCCACAUGGUGUAACCCACUGCAGGAGGUGAAAAGCAAGAGAAAAAGCAAAAGAUAUAUACAUGUAUAUACUGUGACAUGCUCAAACCAGGUAGGCUGCACGACAAACUGUGUUUCAAUACGGGGAGAAGCGAUGUCCUUGGAGAAACAAGGAGCUGCAAUGACACAGAGCUGUGUUGUGCCUGUUGCUUGGAUAAAGGGCAAAAAAAAAACCAACAAAAAAACUGAGCAAAACAAACACAAGAAGGAAAGCGGCCGGGUUUUGGUGUCACAGAGGUUUCCCUGGCUACCGUGGGUGCAGGGAGGAGCAAAGGGAGGCUCUGUCAAUAACGUUAUGGCUUUUAUUGCAGGAAGAGUGGUGCGAGGUGUGCUGGAGGUGUUUGCAGUUAUGGGGGGUUGCUAACUAAGUAGGAUUUAUUUUGCUUUGGUCUUCGAGGCCAUGAGAGCAUUCCUGAGGAGCUCGGAGGAGUGUUUUCAACUCAAACAGCAAAGAACCACGAUAGGGAAACACGAAGGGUCAGACAUCAUCCUGAAGUCUGCAGGGGCAGGGGAGCACCACGCAGCCCUCGAGUUCACCGGGUGGGAGAGUGGAUUCGUCCUGCAGGACCUCAAUUCCCCACAGGGCACCUUUGUGAAUGGCUGCCAGGUGCAGAACGCGGCCGUGCACGUGAGACCAGGAGACAUCCUGCGCUUCGGAGCUCAGGGAGCAUCCUUUGAGCUGGUGGUGGAUGGAGUCCCCCAGAAACCCUCCUACCCAUUGGCACAGCGUUGCACGUCAUGGGCUGGACAGGAGGCUGCAGAGCCCCAGCAUGGUGCCCAGCUCCCCUCGCUGCAAUCCCAGCGUGGCUCCAGCACCUGGGUUGGCCCCACACCCCAUCCACCACUCCGCAAGCGACCCGUAAGUGCGUGGACCAGGAGUGCAACCAUAACCAUCCCAAUGGAUGCGCUCAACCAGCUGCCUGCAGAGAGGCCAGCCUGGACCACCAACUCAAGCAGCAGUGGGAUGGGAGACCCUUUCCUGGGGAUUCACAGCAUGGAUUGCUCCCUGCAAGAAAAGGAUGAAAAGCUGCUGAGCCUGGAAAAGGAAAUGGGCUGUCUGUCUGCUUUUGAAGCAGAAUCAAAGCAGAAGGAUACGGUGAUAAGGGACCUUCAGGGGGAACUGGCAUCGAUGGCCAAGAGCAUGGCUGCUGUGAGAAAUGACGUGGAGCUGACCCAGAGGCUUCUAACCUUUGAGGGAGAAAUCAGGGCCAAAACAGAAGAGAUCAAAGCCUUAAAGGAGCAGAUCAGCAACCUGCAGAAGGGCUCGAGUGAAGUUUAUAGCCAUUCCCUUCAGGAAAGAGACCUGGAGAUGAGAAGCCUGAGAAGAGAAAGUGAGAAGCUAAAGAGGGAUCACGCUUUGACCACAGGCCUCGUGACCAGCCUGCAAAGGGAGAUUGCUGUGAAAGAACAGAAAAUUCAGCAGCUCAAGCAGGAGGUGGAAAAAACAAAAAAGGCAAACAGAGAAAAGGACAACCAGCUGGCAGCUGUGUCUGCCAAGUGCUCUAGAAUUAAAGAGGAAAUGAAGCGUGAACUUGGAGAGAGGGAAAUGGCUGCCUACCAAAAACGCAUUGGAGAGCUGGAAUGUGAGCUGAAGGGAUUGCAGGAAGAGGUUCAGAAGUACCACAGCGAGCAGAAAGCCAUCCAAACACAGCUGGCAGAAAAAGUCAAGGUGGAAGAGGAGCUGAAAAGCGCCUGCAAAAGGAAAUCCCUGCAGCUGCAGGAGAUGGGGCGCAGGGAGAGGCUGCUGAAAUCUGAUGUGGAUUGGGCCCAAGGGCAGCUAGAGUCUUUCAAAAGCCAAGUGAUGCGAGUGUGCAGCCCACAAGCAGCAGGAGAGGCAGGGAAGGCCAUCACAGUGCAGCAGGUAGUCAAGAAGGUCCAGCAUAUCUGGGAGGAACACCAACAAAGUCAGGCACGAGAGAAGUGCCUCCAGGAGGAAAUAAGUUCCAAGCUCUCAAAGGAAAAGGAGAUGACUGAAAAUGUGGAGGUGUUCAAAAAAUCACUGCGUGAGCUCCAGGUAUUCCUGAGGGCCUCAUUCUGCAGCAGCAGCUUGAGGAGUGAGCUCAGCAAGCUGGAGGCUGUGCUUGUGGACCCAUUGGUGUUGGACAUACAUGCAGCAGUGGUGGAAAUCACACACGUGGUCCUGUCCUGGCUGCAGGAAGCAGAACUGCUGCUGGCAAACACGGGGCUGGAGCUGCCCACCUCCAAGAAAGGAUUGACAGCUUGUCUCAAGAGGUUGUUGGAAAAGUAUCAGGAAACUGAACGAAGGAAUGAAAUGUUGCAGGCCCAAUUAGAGGAGGUCCAGGAGUCACGGGAUGCUCUGCUGCAGGAGCACCUGGAAGAGCUGAAAGCAAAACAUGAGCAAGACCUACAGAUAAAAAUUAAUGAGAUUAUAUUGGAAAAGGAGGAGGAGAAGGCAAAGAUUCUGGAGAGCACUGUUCUGAAGGAGAAGGAGAAGCAUAAGCAAUGCUUGGAUGAAGAAAAGAAGAGGAUCCAGGAGUUGGAGAGCCACCUGAGAAGUAUGGCUGAGAUAAUUGAAGGGAAGUCCAAAGAGCAGGAGGUGACGGAUCUCAAACUGCAAGAAGCUGUGCAUGACCUAGAGGAAACCACAACGCGAGAGAUGAUGCUAAAGCAGCAGGUACUCAUGCAAGACGAGCAGCUCAAGAUCCUCCAGGAUGAGAGAGAGGUACUGAAAUGGAAAAUGCAGGAAGAAAUAGCAGAAUAUAAAGAGCAAAUUAAGCAACACUCUCGGACAAUUGUUGCGUUAGAAGACAGAUUGCUGGAGGCCGAGCAGCAGCAAAAGGCACUAAAGGAGGAAAACGUUGUGCUCGUGGAAAAAAUAAAAGGACUUCAGGAUGAUGCCUGCAGGUCUACACCAGGAGCUUCCCAGGAGGCCAGAGAGUCUCAUUGCUGUGGUCUAGAAGAGCUGGCUGCCAUGCAGAGCUUACUCCAGGCCAAAGAGGCUGCCAUUGUGGGAUUAACAAAGGAGCUCUCAGAAACCAGGGCCAGGAUGUCAGACAUGAGAGGAGAGCUCAGUGAGAAGCAGAAGGCAGAGCUGGAGCAGAGCCUGCACCGCGUGAAAAGCCAGGAGCGUGAGCUGGGCAUGCUCAGGGGGAAGCUGUUGAAGAUGUCAGACCUCGUGGCGAAGAAGGAUCGAGAGCUUCAAGCAGCAGCUGCAGAGUUAAGGGAAGCCCAAGAGGACUGCAAAGCACUCAAGGAUGCAUCUCGACGAAUGGCAGAAGAGCUGGAGAUGCUUCCACAGGCGAAGGCUAUUCCUGCCACACCAGAGGAAUCCUCUGAGCAGGAGCUGGCAUUGGACCUGGCCAACCUGGGUGUGAGAUGCAGAGGCCUCAGGCACGAGGAGACGAUCCAACGGCAAAAAGAAGGCUUGGCGGAGCUCCGGGAGAGGAUCAAGGUGCUGGAGAAGACACAGGCUGCUGCUGUCGUGGGCAGGGCCAGCGAGCUGCUCGUGGUGCAGAAGGCAGCCCUACCAGAGAAGGUCUCCCAGAAAGCAGGACUCAAGGUGGAACCAACUCCACUGCCAGGUGCAGAAUUCAAGUGCAGCAAGUGUCUGGGCCAACUUCCUGAUGGGAGCUCAUGUGGGGCCGUGAGCAUGGAAGGGUUGGAGGACUCAGAGCUCAGCGAGAGGAUGUACCUUGACUUAAUCUGUGCUCUGGGAAGGCUGAUGAAUAUGAAGGAGCUGGAAGGAAUGCAGCCCAUGGAGCAUCUUCCCCAGGAAGAAAGGGAAAAAGUGGGGCAGCAGAGACGGAGGGAACUGGGGCUGUUGUAUGAGAGGAUCAGCAAGCUGAAGGAUCGCCUGGAAAGGAAGGAGGAAAGGCUCCAAGAGUGUGAGACCAGCAUCGAGCAGCUCAGGCUGAACCAAGAGUCCCUGCAAACAUGCCAGGAAGAGAUGCUGAGACUGGAAGAUGAAGUCUACAGAGAAGCAGAAGAGAAAGCUCUGCUGAGAGAGGCUCUGGAGAGGACGAGGGCAGAGCUGGGCCAGGAGAAGAGGUUGAAAAAGGCAGCACGGCAGCGCAAGAGCCUUGCAGAGAAUGGGGAGAAGAGAAAGGAAAAGGAGCUGCCCAACCGUGCUCACUCUUCCAAAGAACGUGGAGGGAAGCCCAGAGCCCAGCAGCCAUCCCUCUUGGUGAAGUCAAGGGAGCGUGUGGUGGGAGAGCUCGAGGUGAUGGGCAGCCCAUAGGAGCAGCACCA